CGCGAUGGACCCACUGGAUUGACCAUGUGCAAAAUUUGUUUAUGUCGUUUGGAGUUUUAAAAAAAAUAAUUUUUCUGUUGUUUUCCUGAAUGGAUGCGACUCAAGUCCUUGAUGAUUUUGACGAGGAGGAAUUAAAUAAUUCUGGCUCGAAGAAAACGGUUUGUUAAAAUGUUUGUUUUGCUUUUCAGUACAGUUGCAAAUUACAUUAAUUUUUGUAUAAAUUAAGUAGUAAAAUAUAGUUAACCCAUUAAGUUGCAUUGCACCCCAAAGAACCUUACUUUAAUCAUUUUACUCUGUCUAUAAAUGCUAGACAACUUUACUCCUCAAGGAGAGAGUGUGGGACUCAAUGGCUUAACCAAACAAUCGGACGCCGGAUGGGAUGUGCCCUGACCUGAUGCACCAUUGCAUGCACCCCUAGUUUUAAUUUUUAUUUCAACCAUACCACUGUCAUUUAAUCUAAAUCGGUGGGGCGGGGAAAUUUUCCGGGGUUUCAAAAUAUUGGGGACACACCUUGUCUUGGAAGUCUUGUCUGACACAAUCUUCUAUUGAUCUUUAUAACAGGUUGCCUUCUUAAAGGUACAGGCUGUGGGUGACUUUCCUGAGACCUUGUUUCCUGUUUAUGAAGGUAGAAUGCAAAUUAUUUAGUUGUUCAUUUUAAUACUUCAUUUGUGGGUGAAUUAGUACAAUGGAGUUUGAACUUCUCAACAUCAAGAUUUUUCAUUGUAUCGAAGCUAUGUCUCAUGAGUAUUGUGAUUUACUCUACAGGAGAAAAUAUCAUUGGAAGACAUGAUAAUUGUGAUAUUACAAUCCCAUUGCAGGCGAGUAACACACUGAUUUUUAAUGACAAGUACAGGGGGACAAGGUAAUAUGUAUAUUUUGAUUAUAGGCGGUCUCGAAGAAACAUGCCUGUAUCGACGUUCACGGAAAGAACCAUUUGAUAUGUGACUACAACAGUCGUAAUAAAACACAAAGAAACCAGGUACAUCAUUAGCUUCCAUAUGCCCCAAAAGAUUCUUGCCUGUGGAGUUAUCCAAUAGCCAAAUCACGAUUAAGAAAGCUUCGAUCGGAUUGAUAGGGAUACAACUACCUGAAAAAUACAAGGAGAACUGUAACUUUUUGAGCAAAGGCCCUUUGUGGUGAAGUUACUGGCAAACUACUAACUUACUUCCUGACAAACAUUGAAGUGUUUGUUAUAUUUUCCAGGUAGUUCAAUCCCUAUCAAUCCGCAGGUUUUUAUUAUCGGUACUGCCUACACUAGCACAGACCAUUUGAGAUCAAGUCAUGAUUGUCUUUCUAGAUGUUCUUGAAACCUCAAGCAUUUUACGAACUGGUAAAUGAGGUUGAAUUGUCCUUUGCUGAUGUCACAUGUCAGUAUAUUUUUGCCCAAACAGAAGAUGUGGUAUGUUCUGUGGAAUACUGAUUAUUAUUUUGUGCAUGCAGUCUAUUUGCAUGUCAUUUGUCAACUAAAAUUAAUACAAAUUGUCAACUCUCAGACAUUAUUUUUAGGUCUCUUGUGAUUGCAAAGUAUUGACAAAAGUUGCUAGUUAGUUAACCUCUUUCAGACCUCUUACUGUGAUAAAAAUUAUUUCCACAAAAUUUGAAUUUACAGGUUGAAAAGGACACUGUCUCUGAUUCAGGGUCAGAAACCGCAUCUGAGUCGAUGAUGCCACAGUCUACAGAGGAUGAUGAAGAGGUUUGGUAUUGUCUUAAAAUGAUUCGUAAAUGAACACACUUUCAAAUAUGAAGAAAUAUCUCCACAGAGAUGCAUGCUGUCAUAUGAAUCACCAAAACUGUUCAUAAUUUAGCCUGAAGAAGCAAAGAAAGAAAAGGUGGCUGAUUCACCAAAGAAUGAAGAACCAGAGGAAUCUGUGGAGAAAUAUCUCAACCAGCCCACACAAGAUUACAGCUAUAAAAAUCCAGGUACAUCGUUUGCUUACAAGUACGCCUCGUCUCCUGCAACGAAUGCAGAAGUUGACUUAUUUUAUGAUCAAUUAUUACCUGGCGUAUAUUCUGCUCAUGAAUUAGUAAUGAGUUUGAGUAUUGUAUCAUUAUGUGCAUGUUCUGUAUUAAUCAUUGCUGUCGAUUUAGAUGAAAAUUCUCCAGUUUUCUGUGCGGAGACAGAUGAUGAUGAAACAGAUGAUGAAAGAGACAAUAAAGAUGAGACCUCACCUGGUGAGUGAACAUAUUAUGCAAACUUCCAGAUAGAUUGUCUUUAUAGAUAAUCCGCAUUUAUACACACAAAAUGAUCAGCACUACCUUUUCUUUGUACAAGUUUAUCCAGAACAGAUUUGUUCAGGUGAUUUUUUCCUUUGUCGGCAUCGCUUAUCGCAAACUAAGGAAAAAGUCGUUUUGAAGGACCAAAUGAAUUUUGUUUAGUGGACAUGCUUGUUUAGUGGACAUCUUGUUUAGUGGACAUCCUUGGUCUUGUCAAAUAUUUCCCUUCUCCAAUGACAAAUGCCAAACUCUAUAUUUUCAAAUACCAGAACUCCGUUUUCAAAAGCCAAAACUACUUUUUCAAAUGCCAAAAUUCCAUUUUCAAAUGCCAAAACUCCAUUUUCAAAUGCCAGAACUCCGUUUUCAAAUGCCAGAACUCCGUUUUCAAAUGCCAGAACUCCGUUUUCAAAUGCCAGAACUCCGUUUUCAAAAGCCAGAGAUCUACCUAUUCAAACCUGGAGCUACUGGGCUGACAACUGCAAAAAUCAUUGCCUACCUCCACGAAAAUAUAUAAUCUACAUGCAUAAUCGCUUUUCUGAUCUCAUUUCUUUAUCCAAGGCAUCGGCAGUUUGUCAUUGAGUAAAGAACAGACUCCGCAACAUUCCCUGGAAAGUAAUGAUCCAACAACUGCCGCUACCAUGCCUUGCAACACCUUACCAAAUACACUGGAACCAGAUACCAUUCCCGAAACACCAUUUACACAAAGCAACGACUUUGAACCACCGUUCAAGUUGAAACGAUCUGUGGAUGUAAAGGUUGAUACUUCGAGACGAAUUUCAGCCGGAAACACUUUAGCCUACGGUUUGUCUACCUUGGAAAGUCCUAACUCUACUCGGUGAGGAUUUGGUUCACACUAUACAAACUUAUCUCGCAUUUGGUUAUGAUAUUAUAACUACAGUAGUCUUAUUACAUCUAGGGAAUCAAUUGAUGUUUCUGAAAGCGAGAAAGAGGAAUUGUCCUGUGAAGGUACUUCACAAGUGAAAAACAAACUGCUUUUUGACAACACACCAGGUAUUUUGUAAGAAUUUGUUGCAUCAAUGGACGAUUCCAGUUAUAGGAGAAUUUUUGAUCUGGACAAGAAGAACGAAUUCCAUUACCAUAGCUGGAAAAAGCAUUUUAAAAUGAGUAAAAUUGCAAAGUUUGGUUGCGAAUUGUUGUAAAUUGAGGAAAAUAUGGCCCUGUGAAGUUCGCAGAUUUUGUAUAUAUUUGCAUUACGCGCGGGAAAAAUAACCAUUUUUGAGCCGAAAGUGGUUAUUUUUACCGCGCGUAAUACAAAUGUAUACAAAAUUUACGAACUUCACAGGGCUAUAUUUUCUUCAUUUUACAACAUUUAGCAACCCGAUCUUUGCAGUUUUGCUCAUUCUAAGACGCUCUUUCUAGCUGUGGUGUUGGAUUUCAUUCUUUUUGCCUUGAUCAAAAUUUAGUCCAUAGCCAGAAUCACCCAUUGAAUGAAAGAAACUUUGAUUUUGUACUGUAAAGCAACCCUUAGUGAUCCGUGCUGUAUACAUUUUUAGACCAAAGAUCUCCAAACAAUAAUGACAAAAGAUUACCAGAUUCUAUGUCAAAGCAAGAUGAAAUUCUGGACGAUCUUCUCGCAACGCAACUCUACGAGCCUAUGGAGAUACCCGAAUCUCCGGAGUUUUUACAACCUUUUGGUACGGAGGAAAGUACUGAAAUAAAGGACAAAGAACCUCCUGAGAACAAAACACCCGAGGGUGAAAAAAUCUCCGAGGGUACAGUGUCCGAUUGCCAAACCUCCGAGGGUAAAACGUCCGAAGGGAAAAUCUCCGAGGGUACAGUGUCCGAGGGACAAAUCUCCGAGGGUGAAACUUCCAAAGGGAAAAUCUCGGAGGGUACAGUGUCCGAGAGCCAAACCUCCGAGGGUAAAACUUCCAAAGGGAAAAUCUCCGAGGGUAUAACUUCUGAGGGCAAAAUCUCCGAGGAUAAAAUAUUCGAUGAUAUGAUGGAAACCCAAGCGUACGGAUUGGAUACUUUACCUCAAGAUGAAUAUGAAGAUAUGGCAACUCAAGCUUAUGGUUUGAUGUUUGAUGCUGACUCGGCAGACACUGGAGAUGAACUUGAAGCAACACAGGCAUAUGGAGAUGAUAUUGAAGUGCCUAAAAUGAGCGGUAUUUUCAAAGUACCUGGAGCUAUGAACACACAGGAGUUGAACGAAGAUGGUAGCAUCGGUGCAAGAGAUGAAACUGCUGCACACAAUGAAAAAGUUGGAAACGAAGAUUAUGACGAUGGCAAGUUCCUCCACAUAAUAAUCUUUCUUUCAAAUGUCGGUGUUUUUUUAACAUGGGCUUCUGUUUGUUCCCGUUAUAAUAUUUAAUUACCCUCUUGUUAUUUGAUAGAGAUGGAUAUUCAAGCGACACAAAACUACAUUGAAAACCAAGUAAAAGAAAGCGGAGAGACAAGCGAAUCUUCAGACAACUUCCCGUCAUUGUCCAGUUUCAUGGGAUUGAAGUCAGGUAGUAUACAGCGCAGUUGCAAACCUGAAAAACACAAUUUGAUCGACAAUAACCUCCUGUUUUUUAGGAUUAAAGUCGUUAACUGAAAUUAAAAUGUCCAUUUAGUUGAGUUGGAUUCCUAUAGCCAAUAAAUACAUUCUUUUAUUUUUACUUCCCUUUCAAUAACCAGAUUGGUUGAUCAGUUUCUUCUUGUAUUCCUAGAUAGCGAUAGUGAUUUCAAGUCCGCCAAGAAGUCGUCAAGAAGGAAAGUGGAGACUAAAGCACCUCCUCAGGAGGUUGUUAACGAGGUUCACAUUUGACUUCCACUACCGUUACCAUUAAGAGACCAUAGCGCUGUCGUGCAUUAAAAUAAUUUCACGUAAAAUAACUGCAUACGCUGUAGCCUUAUUUCCCAUUUUCUAGAGCUUAACGUCAGCUGCUGUAAAGAGCUCAUCAUCCAUUGUGAUUGAGGGAGAUAAUCCCAUUAGUACAGAGAAACGCUGCUAUGUUGAAUGUCCUGGUGUAGAAGAUGAAACGAGUCGGGAUAAGGUAUGUUAUUGAAUUUCUCUUGAUGUAGUAUUUAGUAUUUGAAAGAAAUACAAAACAAAGCAUGCUCUGAAUAAUCUUGUGCGCUAAAGAUUUGAGAUAACAACAAGAUGGUAAUUUUUCGAUUUUAUAUCAAAAUCAUUAUCAAACCUCCUGUAUUUACAAAGUGAGCCGCAUAUAAAUAACAACUCAAGAUGUUCUUCGUAGAACAGCGUAGAACGAAUAGAAGUAUUCAGUAUAAAUAAAGUUAUUUGAGGUUAGGUUUCCUCUAACCAUGGUAAUUAAAGAUAGUAAAACUGUUUCAAUGCUAAACUAGGAACACAACGACAGGCGUACUAGUACGAGGAAAAAGUCAGUAAGGGGUGGAAAGAAAUCAGCGGCUACACGGAGUAAAGUACAAGACGAACCAAAUGAGGACACCGCAGGGGUUUCUACUACACCAGCGAAAGAUGAUUUACCAACAACACGAAACGACACUAUGACGCCUGAGGAUACAGAUGAGCAACUAGAGACUAUUGUGGUUAAACGGGGUAAAAGUAGGUCAACGCGAGGUAAAACGUCUGCAGCUACGACACGAAGUUCAAGAGGGAAGAAGAAUGAAGCAGUUGCAGAAGACGUUGCGGAAGAAGCAGAGGUUGAAAGUUUACCAAAAGGAAGGAGAAGUAGACGAAAGAGAAAGAUUUCUGAAGGGAAUCCAAAGACGGAAUCUAAGAAUGAAGCUGAGUCGAGUAUCGUGAAAGGUGAUGUGGAAAAUAUGGAAACAGAAAACAAAGCAGAAAAACUAAAUAUGUCAGACGACGAGGAAAACAAUGACAUGUUUAAGGUACCUGUAAAGUAAUGUGUUUUUAUAUAGUAAACACUUGUUAGCCAAAAGAAAUCAUGGGAUAUAGCAUACAUGCACUGUAAGUUGGCAAUACUGAGUGUGCUAUCUUUUGCUUCUGAGCUUUUGAAGAGAUCUACUGUACUGUUGUACAAAUUUUGACAAGCUCAUUCCGUUUUCUCAACACUGCUCAUGGUUAAUUAAAUAUCGAUGAUAUAGUGACUUCGAUGUGUAUGCAGGGGAUUUGUUAAAUUACUAUACAAAAAUGUUCAUGCUUUAUACAUGUAGUUGCAGAUGUCAGCAGUUGACUCACCUGAAACGGACGAUUUUAUUCCCAAGAAGAAACCUGUUUUGGAGACGAAAAGACCAGCACGGCGUGGUAAGAAAACAACGACGGAAGAACUUGAGAGUAACGAUGAAUCGGAGACUACGAAUGUCGAGGUUGAAAAACAACUAGCACCGCGAGCAAAGAGAAGUGUUUCUACGAAAUCUGCCAGGAAAGCGAGGGGUAAGAAAAACCAAGAUUUGGCUGAGGUUGACAAUGAUGAAAAUGUAACCGAAAGUGUUUCAAAACAAGCAGAAAUGAUUGAUAGUAAUAAAGAUGGGCAAACACUAGGCAAUCAGAAGGACUCGAUGGUAAAACCUACCAAGAAAGGGAGGUCUAAGAAAAGCCAAGGUGUAACCGAGGUUGACAGUAAUGAAAAUAUACGUGAAGAUGUUGCGAAACAAGAUGAAAUGGUUGAAAAGAAGAAAGGUAAAAAUACACAAGGUCAGCAGAAAGACUUCGUGGAGAAAUCUACGGAAUCAGUCGAACAAGAGUUGCCUGAUGUUAUGACCCCCGUUGUAAACACGAGAAUUAGCAGAGGUGGAAGGAAAGGAAAACAAACUACAACGAAAAAGUCGAGGAACGGUGCCAGUGGUAAUGCUGUCCAAAAUUUGGAACAAGUUCAAGAUAAAAAUGAGAUGGACCAACCGGCCAACAAUAUGAAUGAAACAAAAAUGAAAGAACCAAAAACUCCUGCUAGAGGAAGAGCACGAAAAAGAAAAUCUUCCGAGAAUUCCAACGAGACCACGCAGCAGAAGAAAGGGACUGCAAAGAAAAGCCGUAAAAAUACAACUACAGAGGAAAACUCGGAGACGAAGGAUGAAACACAUCAUGGUCGAGAAACAACCGCUUCGCCUCAAGAUGACAUUAAGGUGACUAUUUUUUAUUCUUUCAAUGAUUAUGUUGUACAUAUUUGUGGUUAGUGCAUGUGACUUUCACGUGCAGUGAUUAAAAUUUUACCUGAGUCCUGUGUGAGAAGAGUGCUUCCAGACCAGUGCAGGUUUCCUCUUGUUGUAACACUGGACCAUUAUUAAGGUAUGAUGACCCUUAAUAGAUUUCUAGGGAAUGCAAUUUAGGACCAAUAGAGCUAUCCGGUAUGAAUAAAGUUAAGCCCUAUACACAAUGACAUAGCUGCACUUUCCUUGUAAAGAAAGUCGAGCAGUUUUAUUCCAUAUUCUUUAAUACGGUCGCGUCUUUAUAUUUUGAACAGUUUGAAUCACCUGAGCUGACACCGAGAUCUUUAUCCAAACGUUCAUCAUCUACAGCCUCGACUUCAUCCACCUCCAGUGUCUCUCGUUCAGCAAGGAAAGGAAAGAAACAAGAGAAAGAAGACAGCGAGGUAUAUAACAAACUUUUAGGUAGCUUUCAAGAAUCAUUAAUAAUUCAUGGCGAAAACACAAAGAAAAAUCACAAGCGUGUCGUGUAUUUAUAUAUCGACUUACACAGGGUAUUUUUUGAAAAUUACUUCGCCAAUAAACUUACUAGAUCGAUCGUUUUUGAAGCGAUUUAAAACAUUCGCAGUGCGUGUUUUAUCAGACCUAAAGAUACUCGGCUUCGCCGCGUAUCUUUAUAUCUGAUAAAACACUGUUUAAAUAGUUCGUAAAGCCUAAAAAGUUGCUUGAUUUAUUUUACAGGGUUCGGUUGAUCAUUCUUCGAAUGUGAAAAUAAUUUUUACUGGACUGCAAGAUAAUGCAUUCGUCAAAGCGAAGAAGGUGAGGAAAUAACAGAUUACAUGUGUAGUGCAAGUAGGUAGCAAUAAACGAGAUAUACUGAUCAAACCUACCUGAAUAAUAUAACAAGAACUUCGAAAUAUUAUUUGCCAAUAUUGACAUAUUUUUCAGGUAAUUAACUGUAGUUUGAUUUUGUAAUUCCUUGAGGAAAUAACAUGAUCGACAAGAUUUAUCAAUUGUUAUGAUUUGAAGACUGGUGAUUCGUUAUGAUUAAUGUGUUUAGAUUGUGCAGACACUUGGCGGAAAAGUGGUCGAGCGUUUGGAAGAUUGCACACAUUUAGUCACAGAUAAGGUAAUUAAGCAAAGCGAUAACAAGGUGUAGAGGUACAGCAGUAGGUGACAUGCCUUUCAGGGCUGCAAAAUAUAGCGGACCCGAAAAUUUUUGAGGUUGGCAAAAAAAGUCUUAAAGAAAGAAAGUGUGUUUUACUAAUUUUAGUGACAAUCAUACUUUACUUAGUUUACUGCAGAUCAUGCAUAUAGAUAGAAAAUACAUGAGAAAAAUACGUAAGGACUUGUUUAUAACAUAAAAAAUAUUUAUUCGGUAGCCAUGUUGGAAUAAGGUCUAUUUUCAAGACCGAAAUUAUGUUUAGAAUUAAUUUGCCUAGAAUACACUGAAUUUUACUUAGUUGCGAUAAAAUUUAAAAACCAUAAGAUUUGCUGUCCUUUGCUUGCAGAAAAUAUUUUCGUUGGCCUUGCGGUCCCAGAAAAUAAGCCCUGAUACCUUUGACUCCGAGGUUUGAUUCCUGUACCAUUUGUCUGAUGAUCUGUUCACUUGAGUAACAAGAGUGCUUCCACACUCUAUCAACACCACAGGUAUCCCCCAGGUUCCCCUCCUCCUGUAGUAACCGUGAAAUCUUCUUGCCCAGGUUCGUCGAACCGUAAAACUUCUCUGUGCUGUAUCACGUGGUAUACCAGUCGUGGAUAUGAGUUGGUUAGAUGCAUCGAAGAAAUCAAAGUCAUUCGUCGGUAAGACUAAGUUGUGCCCGGAAAAUUGAUUCGGGCAUUUCAAGCUGUUGCACUGUUUUUGUUUUACAGAUUCUAGCAGCUUUAUCUUGGAAGACAAGGAAGCCCAGAAGAAAUUUAACUUUUCUAUGGAAAGGUUCGUAUCGUACAACAUCUAACUACAUGCUGGCAGAAAGAUAAAAAAUAUAUUUCUAUCGUGGCACUGACAUUUACUUUGUAAUGUUUCCGGCAUUAAAGAGCAUUCACAAAACGUUAUCUUCCAUCGUAUAUUCUAAAGGUGCUGUGUGUUGGAUGGUCUUUUGUGAGACAUCACAUCAGGGCUGGAGAAAGUAUCGGACCACGGGCCAAUGGUCCCCGAAAAUUUUUUGAAUUCCCAGAAAAUAUUUCCCCAAGAAAGAAAAAAAAGAGAUUAUUGUAAAAAUUUAGUAAAAAGAGAAAUUCGGAGGAAAAGUUCUAACCAAAAAGUGACCUCAUAAAUACAAUUAUAAGUGCAUACAUCCUAGAGUGCGUUAACAUGUUUCGGUGUUUUAGAUCUGUAGAGCUUGCUCAAAAUGCAGGACUUCUUGAUGGUUACAAAAUACACGUCACUCCUCAUGUUCGUCCUCCACCAAACGAUAUGAAAGGUAUGAUGAUAUUCUUAGAAAAUAGAAUAUAAGCGAAGCUCUAAGCCAUAGCUGCAUUUUACGAGUUUGAAAUGUCUGUAAAGGCCUGUUUAGACGAGGCCAAACAGGUUGGUCCAACAUCAUCCGACAUUGUUGAAAGGGGCUUAAAGGAUUUUGUUGUAUAUUUUACAUGUAGUUUUCACCCCGCAGUGUUAUUCACAUGACAUAGUCGUAGUGUGUCACUGACAGUCUGACUGUUCUUUAUACUUCCUUCUCACAGAAAUAAUAAAAAGUGCCAAGGGAGAGGUAAGAAUGUUUGUGAUACUUCUCUACCAAAUUCGUUUUGAUCCUCAUAGAUCAAAUGUAGUCUUCAAGGCGCUGAUAUGAAUAUCUUAUUUCUUUCACCUAAAUUUUAGAUUGUUUCAAAGAUGCCAACAUCACGUGACAAUGACGUGAUUGUGUUGUCAUGUGACGAGGAUAAAGAGCUGUGUGAGAAAGCGCACGUUGAGAAAGCGUACACUGCUGAGUUGCUCCUCACUGGAAUCUUACGUCAGAAACUUGAUCUAGACCAGUAUCCUUUUCAGGCAUGCAAAUUAGUGCCGGUCAUCGGAAAUUGUCCGGCCAAAUUUUACGUUUUGUCCGAUCAAAGCUUUUUAUGAGGGUGUCGAGAAAAUGUUCCUCUGGAAAACCUUUGAAGUUUACGUUACUUCAUAUCAGUAUCUGUUCCAAGCUCGUUCGAAAUUUUUCAAACACACUUGGCUUUGUGAGUUUGUGCCGCUAUGCUUCUUUACUUAACUAUGACAUUUUCAUUCAGCCAGGUACACCAUCAAAUUGAUCAAAAUGUCAAAUGUAUAAUAAUAAUGAGAAUUGAAGCUAUUUCGUUUCAGAUAUAUUAAUGUACUUAGGGAAAUAAUUGAAAAUAAUUUCCCUUUUUCCCCAGGAUUUGGGCGUCCAAAGGUGUCCAUUUUUUGUUCUAGGGGCGUCCCAGGACGCCUGGACGCCCUUCUGGCUAAAAGCCUGAUGACCGGCCGAAAUACAUCGUGCUAAUUUAAAAAAAAAUAUACUUUGCUCAUUGUCCGAGAAAAAUUGAUAAAUGUCCCACCAAUUUUUGUCUGGCCGGACAAAUGUCCUUCCAAGUAAAAUAAUUAUUUGCAGACCUGCUUUUUGUCAGCAGUAUCAUCGCCUCGUUUUCAUGCACGUGAGUUGGGUGAGAACGAGGCUCUAUAGCCAAGGUGACAUACUUUUCGGAAGCGUGUAUUGAUAUCCUCGCCUUUGAAAUACAUUAUUAGAUAAACUACAUAGCUCCUACCUAUUGUUUGUUGUAAAAAUGUUAUUAUCAUUAAUUCACUCUAUCAAAUCAGAAACAGACUAACUUUUAGCACGACUGCUGAUAUUAACUCAGAUCUUAACACGCCUGUGAAGUCUAAAGGACGCCGAAGACGGUAGAACACAACAUUGACGAUGGUCAUGAAGCUGUACACGACCAAAUGAGAUAAGUUCAUAGAUGUAGUCAUUUGCAAAAGCCAGAACCAGCCGACAAAAUUAAGAAAAUAAAAUGUAAAGCAAACACCGAAAAAUGAAAGUGUAUACGUAAAUUUUAAAUGGUUAAUUUAAUGAAUAAUACAACCAUUUAAAAUUUACUUCUUGUUUUAGCCCAUAUAUAUUGGGUUUUUGCAUGAGAUGUUUUAAUUUACUUUUUGGUGUUUUUUUCAUUUUCUAUUCGAGCACCUGAGAUUGUUGGCAAUUUCAAAAAAGAUGACUUGUAGUGUUUUUAAUGAUCAGGCAAAAUAGAGGUGGAUUGUACAAAGUAUGUGAACAAGAACAGACAUUGAAAUGAUAUUAAUAUUUUUACCACAAAAAGGCACAUUGACUCGGUUUCUAGUUUUUGAGGCAAAAAAUAUGGCGCACUUUAUAUAUCGAUCUGAGAGCUAGCAAACUGUAGUUAUAUGAUUAUCAAAUACACAACUAACACGUUGAAUGUCUUUUAUAUGGAAAAUAAAAUGUCAGUUUCCUUGGCUAAAUAACGUUCACUAAUAGAACAUCUCGUAGUCAUGUGGUACUUUAACUGGAUGAGUGUAUGACCGAUCACCACCCUUCCUCCUCAGGCUUUUUUAAAGCUGUAUAAAUCGACCGCUCAUUUAUUCCAAAAUAGACCUUACCAAUUAUUCUCUUUUACCCAAUGGCCUCGUUUUCAUGUCAAAUACUUACUCAUGUUUUGUGCUUAGUACGGUUGAAAAUUACUAAGAACAGCAAGAAACAAAUUCGUCCAGGAAAACAUGAGAAUAUAAUCUUUAUCUGCCCCUGACAUGCUAAAAUAAGUUAACAUUGAAACGAGGCCAUUGGGUAAAAGAGAAUAAUCGGUCAGACAAAGUAGCAGAACACGGCUCACAAAUUUACUGAAAUUUAAUAGAAAAUAUAAACCUUGGAAUUUCUCGCAUGUUUUGUUGCUUUUCCUUAGUACAACAUCAAUUAUUUUUACUUCCCCUUUAUAUAUUACACGCGUUGUGCUAUAAUGUUACUCUUAUCCUCAUUAAACCCUAUCCCUACUAAACCUUAUCCCCAUCUAUCCCUAUUGCCCUCUUAUGUCCCUAAGUAACGAAUAUACUAAAUAUAUCAAACCGUUCAAACAUAACCAAUGUCCAACAGUUCCACUUUUUCACAAUGGUCGUCAUCUUUGUGAAUGAGGCAAUGUUGUCCUUUCUUAAAGAGAACCUUCGGGACCUGCUUUUGAACGGGAUUAUUAUCGUUGAUAUCUUUUGAAACCUUUCUACCGUUGUCCGCCAAGACUGUCACGUCAGUCGAUGGUUCUUCUCCAAGAUUGUCAGCGAUUAUUGAUUUGAGUCGUUCUUCUCCAUUAUUCAAUAAUGCCGUGACUUGAGCCGACGUUUCUUCUCCAAGAUUGUCAGCGAUUGCAGAUUUGAGUCGUUCUUCCCCAUUAUUCAACAAUGCCGUGAUUUGAGCCGACGUUUCUUCUCCAAGAUUGUCAGCGAUUACUGAUUUGAGUGGUUGUUUUCCCUUCAACAUUGUCGUGAUUUGAGCCGACGUUUCUUCUCCAAGAUAGUCAGCGAUUGCUGAUUUGAGUUGACGAUAUCGAUAGAUAAUAUAAGCAAGGGUGGCGAGUACAACAUUCACGACAACCGCCAACGUCACAACCCCAGCAAUAUAUCCGUCGGAACUAUCAUCAGUGUCUCCUGUGCCUGA